AUGAAUUCUCUUGUAAUAGAAAAACAACUUGCAUCAAACGCAACAGAACCAGCUAAAUUAGUUCAUAUAUGUAGUCAAUGUACACGUACAUUUAAAGACAUAAAUAAUUUUCGUGAGCAUUUAUUUCAAGAACAUGGUGAACUCGGUGUUAAUGUUCGACAAUGUCAUCUUUGUUCAUAUGCAACUUUACUAAAAUCAAAAUAUGAUUGUCAUAUAAGAUGCCAUAUGAAUAAUCGUGUCCUUCGAUGUCAAAAAUGCAAUUAUUCAACAAUUAAUAUCAGACAUAUGUCGAAACAUGAACGUCAACAUAGUAUAUCUCAUGUGGUUAACACGACUAUGUCCGAAGCAAAACGUGCUCGUAUUAUAAAUAUGAGUACUAAUUAUUCAGCUAAUAUCAAUAAUGAAAAGAUCAAAGUAAAUGAUGAAAAAUCUAGUUUUUCAACAUGCUUUCUGACUGAUAAAAUUUUGAUUCCUGAUGAGAAAAAAUCUCUUGAUGAUUCACAAAAUUCACGUUCAAAUAGUAGUUGUUCAACAGAUGAUUCAAAUCAUAUUCCAUGUUCACAUCAAAAUAGUCUGAUUUCAUUACGUACAAAUGUCUGGACAUUACUUCGAAUGUUACUUCCUCAAUUAUCACUUUAUCAUCCUUCAACAUUACUAAUUGAUUAUGAAUCAGAUCAUUCUAUCGAUCGACUUGUAGCUAAUCUAAUACAAAUACCAUCAUUUUAUAAACCAUAUCCAUCUAUAUAA